GUGUGUACUGUUCAGUCUGUACUGAUCUUGCUCUUGAACUUGUUAAAGCAUCGAGUUCAGCAAGAGUUCUCAGCUUCUGUCUCUGAGAAAUGGCGGUGCAGAGUGAAACCAGAAACGGUCUGGUUUUUGCUGUUAAUGGAGAGAGGUUUGAGCUCUCCAGCGUUGACCCUUCAACUACCGUGCUGGAGUUCUUGCGUUCCCAGACUCGCUUCAAGAGUGUCAAGCUCGGCUGUGGUGAAGGUGGUUGCGGUGCUUGUGUCGUUCUACUUUCAAUGUAUGACCCUGUACUUGACCAGGUUGAGGAUUUUACAGCAAGUUCAUGUCUCACUCUACUUUGCAGUGUAAAUGGUUGCUCUAUUACAACAAGUGAAGGCCUUGGAAAUAGCAAAGAUGGGUUCCACCCAAUUCAUCAAAGGUUCACUGGUUUCCAUGCUUCUCAAUGUGGGUUUUGUACUCCUGGAAUGUGUGUUUCACUCUUUGGGGCCCUGGUCAAUGCUGAAAAGACCAAUCGGCUAGAGCCCUCUCCUGGAUUCUCCAAGCUGACAGUUUCUGAAGCCGAAAAGGCUAUUUCAGGAAAUCUCUGUCGCUGUACUGGGUAUAGAUCAAUAGCUGAUGCCUGCAAGAGUUUUGCAGCUGAUGCUGAUAUUGAGGAUUUGGGCUUAAACUCUUUUUGGAGAAAUGGAGAUAGUAAAGAAGUUAAAAUAAAUAGAUUACCUUUCUAUAACCGGAAUAAAGAGAUUUCUACAUUUCCUGAGUUCUUGAAGAAGGAAAUCAGGUCUUCCAUGCUUUUGGAUUCUAAAAGAUUUAUUUGGUACAAUCCUGUUAGUGUCAAGGAUCUUCAAAGCUUAUUGGAGUCCAUCGAGGCUGAUAAUGGAAGCUUGAUUAAAUUAGUUUCUGGUAACACGGGAAUGGGUUAUUACAAGGAAUUAUAUCGCUAUGACAGAUACAUUGAUAUAAGGCAUAUUCCUGAGCUCUCAUCAAUUAGAAAAGAACCAACAGGGAUUGAGAUUGGAGCAACUGUGACAAUCUCUAAAGCGAUUGAAGCUUUAAAGAAAGAAAACAAAUGUGAAGUUCACUCAAAGGGUGAGAUGGUGUUCGAAAAGAUUGCCAACCACAUGGAGAAGAUUGCUUCAGGGUUCGUCCGGAAUACGGCUAGUGUAGGGGGAAAUUUGGUGAUGGCACAAAGGAGACAUUUUCCGUCUGAUAUUGCUACCGUACUUCUUGCUGUGGGUUCAAUGGUAGAUCUAAUGAACGGUCCUAGACGUGAAAAGAUUAUGUUGGAAGAGUUUCUGGAAAGGCCUCCGUUGGAUUCCAAAACUGUACUUCUAAGUGUUAAAAUCCCAAAUUGGGAAUCGAUAAAAAAUAUUUCUUGUGAAACUAACACUAUGUUGCUGUUUGAAACCUAUCGAGCUGCACCACGACCUCUUGGAAAUGCAUUGCCCUAUUUAAAUGCUGCUUUCUUGGCUGAACUUUCUCGAUGUAAACCUUCUGAUGAAAUUAUUAUAAAUAACUGUCAGCUGGCUUUUGGUGCUUACGGGGCUAAACAUGCAAUCAGAGCAAAAAAGCUGGAGGAAUUUUUAGCGGGCAAAAUUUUAAGUGUAGGUGUUUUAUAUGAAGCUAUCAAAUUAGUUAGAGCAACUGUAAUACCUGAAGAUGGCACUUCCUCUCCUGCUUACAGGUCAAGCUUGGCCAUAGGUUUUCUUUUUGAUUUCUUUAGCCCCUUAAUUGACAAUAGGGGUGAAAUUUCUAAUGGUUUGUUGGAUGGAUAUAUGAGUAAUAUUUUGGUCAAGGAUUCCAAAAUAAACCACAAUUAUGUCCAGCUUGAUCAUAAUAAAACCCAAACUUUGCUAUCAUCUGCUAAGCAGGUGCUUGGAUUGAGUACAGAGUAUCAUCCAGUUGGUGAGCCAAUUACAAAAUCUGGAGCUUCCAUCCAAGCUUCUGGUGAGGCUAUCUAUGUGGAUGACAUUCCUUCACCAGCAAAUUGCCUAUAUGGAUCAUUCAUUUGUAGCACAGAACCUUUGGCACGGGUAAGGGGCGUAAAAUUCCAGCCUAAACCAUAUCCAGAUGGACUGGCUGCUGUUAUUACUUAUAAAGACAUCCCCACAGGUGGAGAGAAUAUAGGAUCAAAGACCAUAUUUGGUACUGAACCCUUAUUUGCUGGGGAGCUUACAGAGUGUGCUGGUCAGCGUCUUGCCUUUGUGGUUGCAGAUACACAGAAGCAUGCAGAUAUGGCCAUAAAAUUCGCAGUGGUUGAUUAUGAUAUGGAAAAUCUUGAACCUCCUAUUCUCUCUGUUGAAGAGGCUGUUGAGAGAUCUAGCCUUUUUGAGGUUCCUUCUUUCAUUUACCCAAAACAAGUUGGUGAUAUAUUGGAAGGAAUGGCUGAAGCUGAUCUGAAGAUUGUUUCUGCUGAGAUUAAACUUGGGUCCCAAUAUUAUUUCUAUAUGGAGACACAAACUGCCCUUGCUGUACCAGAUGAAGACAACUGCAUGGUGGUUUAUAGUUCAAGUCAGGUCCCUGAGUGGACACACAUUGUGAUUGCAAGAUGUCUUGGCAUUCCUCAUCAUAAUGUUCGUGUAAUUACAAGACGAGUUGGGGGAGGCUUUGGUGGAAAGUCCGUAAAAGCCAUGCCUGUUGCUACGGCAUGUGCACUUGCAGCACACAAAUUGCGGCGCCCCGUCAGGAUUUAUCUUGAUCGCAAGACUGAUAUGAUAAUGGCAGGAGGAAGGCAUCCCAUGAAAAUAACAUACAGUGUAGGAUUCAAGUCUAAUGGGAAGAUUACAGCAUUACAACUUGACAUAUUAAUUGACGCUGGGUUGUCUGCAGAUAUAAGUCCAGUGAUGCCUCAUAAUGUGCUGGGUGCGCUUAAAAAGUAUGACUGGGGUGCUUUAUCUUUUGAUAUAAAGGUGUGCAAAACAAACCAUACAAGUAAAUCUGCAAUGCGGGCACCUGGGGAAGUACAAGGAUCAUUUAUUGCCGAAGCUGUAAUUGAACAUGUAGCAUCUGUACUUUCGAUGGAAGUGGAUUCUGUCCGAAGCAUAAAUCUCCACACAUACAACAGCCUUAACUUAUUCUAUGAGGGUGGUGCAGAUGAACCGUUUGAGUAUACUCUACCUUCGAUAUGGGAUAGUUUGGCCACGUCUUCAAGCUUAUGCCUUAGGACAGAAAUGGUGAAAGAGUUUAAUAGUGACAAUAAAUGGAGGAAAAGGGGCAUUUCUCGAAUACCCAUUGUGCAUGAAGUGAUGUUAAGACCGACUCCAGGAAAAGUAAGCAUUUUAAAUGACGGGUCUAUUGUCGUUGAAGUUGGUGGGAUUGAACUUGGCCAGGGGCUUUGGACAAAGGUAAAACAGAUGGCUGCAUUUGCUCUCAGUUCAAUCAAAUGCGAUGGAGCUGGGGAUCUGUUGGAUAAAGUGCGGGUCAUACAAUCUGAUACCUUGAGUUUAAUUCAAGGGGGUUUUACUGCAGGGAGCACAACGUCUGAGUCCAGCUGUGAAGCAGUGAGGCUUUGCUGCAAUAUUUUGGUUGAGAGACUCAGGCCUCUCAGGGAAAGGUUGCAGGAGCAAAUGGAUUCUAUCCAAUGGGAGAUGCUUAUUGAUCAGGCACACCUUCAAGUUGUGAACUUAUCGGCAAGUUCUUACUUCGUCCCUGACCUUACUUCCAUGCGAUACCUAAACUAUGGCGCUGCAGUGAGUGAGGUGGAGGUAAAUCUUUUGACAGGAGAAACCACAAUUUUGCAAACUGAUAUUAUCUAUGAUUGUGGAAUGAGUCUCAACCCUGCCGUGGAUUUAGGACAGAUUGAAGGAGCUUUUGUCCAAGGAAUUGGGUUUUUCAUGCUUGAAGAAUACUUGACAAAUUCAAAUGGAUUAGUGGUUGUGGAAGGCACAUGGACAUACAAGAUUCCUACACUUGAUACCAUACCCAAACAAUUCAAUGUUCAAGUACUGAACAGUGGACAUCACCAAAAACGUGUUCUCUCUUCGAAAGCUUCAGGUGAGCCACCAUUACUUCUAGCAGCUUCAGUACACUGUGCUACUAGAGCAGCGAUUAAAGAAGCCAGAAAACAACUUCUCUCUUGGAGCAGCCAAGAUGAGUCUACCACUAAUUCAACUACAUUCCAGUUGGAGGUUCCCGCUACCAUGCCUGUCGUGAAGGAGCUCUGUGGGCUUGAAAGCGUGGAGAGGUACUUGGAAUGGUCAAUGGGCACAAAGUGAAGGAUAGUGAGACAGAAUUUAUCAUUGUUAAUUCAAUGGAGCAUGAUGUAAUCUUGGUGGCAUGCAUGUGAAUAUGUGAUUAUGACUAAAACAUUGUGUUCCACCGUCUUUAUACUCUUUUAGCAUUUAAAAAAUAAACGUUGAACCUCACUUUUAACGUUACUCCUCUUGGGUUGCCCACUGACAGGCGCCCUAUUAAAUCUUGUAAGGACCAACAUAGCAACAUCCAUAGAAGCAUCUCAUUAUGCUCAAACUCAUUUGGUCCUAUCAAAUGAAGCAACUCUAAUUCCUUUCA